AUGCGCCAUUUUUGCUCAAUAUGCGGCGUCUUAAUCCGUUCGAGCGCCGCUGAAAAUGACAUGGGCCCUCCAGUUGAGGACCUGGAGUGGUACCAAUUGAUCCGGACUUUCUAUAAAGGAUCGCCUGAAUGCACUGUUGAAGCCACUGGACUCGGAUAUCUCAACAGCUUCAACCAGCCUGUUGUGCCUGUGAACUUCAACGAGUUUUACUUGCAACCGGAUGUGGUCAUAGACAACUUUGUCCCGUCUUUUGAUGCUGGCCUGCACAAUCCCACGUACUUAGUCCAUGAAGCUUGUUGGAGAGUCCUGCUCGAUCGAAUUUUGUAUGGCAAUCCAUUGACGGACCUUGUGGCCGUUGCGCUGGCGCAGCUGUUUUGGGGCGCUUGUUUGUAUAGGCAGUACUCUUGUGUCCCAAGACAUGAUCAUGGGGGAUCAACUGAAUACUGGCAUGCUGAAGGAGACCCGAUUGAAGAAAUGACACAGGGAGGACAUGGGCAUUGUGCUGUUGAACCUGUGGGGUUUUUCAGUAUCGAGGACCUUAGGAGCUGCCUUGGUCCUGAGGUUCCGGUGGAAAUACCUGCUACUUCUUCCAUAGCGUCCACACGAAGGCUUGAACAUGGUUCUGACAAGUUCACUAAUCUUCCUACCGAGGUUAUUCACAUACUCUUGACUUGGUUGCGGUCAGAUGAUAUCCAACGACUGCGUCUGGCAUCCCGACCGGUAGCUUCAAUAUCCCACCCGGACCUACUCCCGCAGUUUUUCUGGCAUGGUCGGUUCCUCCCGGAUUUUGAAAUGGGAUUCGCAAUGCCAAUUCACACAGACGGGUUUCAUGACUGGCGGUCACUUUACUUUAGAGUCAAACGCGGCUUGAAGAUGCAUUGCUCUAAUCGACUCAGGAACAGAAAGAGGGUAUGGGACUUUAUUUGCAAUGAGGAAGAUUGGUAUCAAAAGCUAUAUACAGGUAGCGAUGAUGAACUAGACUUGUGUUUGUUCCGCUAG